AGUAAAUAGUUGAGACAAGGAUGAGCUGAGGUUGGACAGCAUUUUAGAAAUGUGAAAAUAAAACAACUGCAGAUGCUGGAAAACUGAAACGAAAAUGGAAAUUGCUGGAAAAGCUAAGCAAGUCUGGCAGCAUCUGUGGCGAGAAAGCAGAGUUAACAUUUUUGAGUAAUUUGAGCCACUGAGCUUUUACAGCAAUUUCUGCUUUGAUUAGAAUGGCUGGUUGUCCUUGGUGCUGGUAACUCAGAAGGAAGUGAAUUGUAGACAACUGAGGAUACUGAGAAAGAAAAAAAUAGCUUGAGGCUGCAGUGGCACUUUGCACAACAACCUAAUGCUGUUUGAAUGCAGGGGUGGUAUCAGAGGACUGGAGGAUUACAACAUGUACUAUGUUUAUGUUCAAAAGUGUGUGGAUAAAUCCAGCAACUAGAUUUAUUUUAUUGGUGGGACAGCAUCACUGGAACUGUAAUCCCAGUCUCAAGCAAGAAUACUUGGGGAGCAUAUGGGCUCACAUUUUAUGCUGACUCAGAAAUCUUCACCAUCUGGUGUGUAACCUGUUUAAUAAAGCCAUCUGAUGGAGGCUUGUAAUUAGGAAUCUUCAAUUUUCAUGGGUAUAUUAAUGGAUUUAACCGAAGAUGAAAGGGUUUGCUUGAGGUAUUUUAAAUUGUUCUUCAUGUUCAGUUGCAGCUGUGAAAGCGUCGAGUCUGAACACUCCGAAUUCUGAUGAAAUUCAGAAUUUCAGUUCACCGGAGAAGGGAGCGACAGUCAAGAAGUGAAUUUGAUCCAAAAUGUGACCAUGUUAUGCUUCAUUUGCAAUACAGUAGUGUGUAAAGGGAAUGGCUGGAGAGCUGGUGGCCAUAGGUUGGAUAAUCAGAAAUCUCUUCAUGAAGGCAGAGAUGUUUCCAUGCUGUAUGACUCUGUCAGACAUACCACAGAAACAAAAACACGGAUAUCAUUCCAGAUCAUGGCACAUUGAUGAAGAAACAGCUUCUGAGUUCUUUGCAUAUUCUCUCCCUAAUUCUGAGGAACAAGCAAUACAAAGCACAAGCAGCAGUUGCAUGUGAAGGUGUUGAGUUUAUCUCAGACUGAAAUUUAUGGACUAAUAGCAAAUGUAAGCUAUUGAAGAAGUGGCUUCACUCCUUGCACCUGCUCCUUUCCCCUGUUACCACCAGCCACCACCACUGCUGGCGAGCUGCUUUGGCCCUCAAGGGCAUUUCUGGUAAACUUCCUGAGGAAAUUUAAAGAACGUAUUCACUAUUUGAUGCAGUUUUACAUUUAGAGUGUGACCUUGUUUCAUAAAGUUAGCUGAUCACAGCUUGGGAUGCUGAAUUUUGAGACUUCAUUUUUUUAUUUUACGGCUGGCAACCAAUUGUAGACCUAAACACCAUUUUAAUUUGCUUUUUCUUUUGUGGUUUAUGAUCAAUUGCAGAAGCAUAGACUUCAACAGAUCAAACUUUCUAGAAGAAUAUAAUUUCAGUCCUGCAGAAAAGGAAACACUAAUGAAAAUUGCUAUACCUGAAAUUCUCGAAAUCUGGCUGGAGGAGUCUGCCGAAGACUUUCGUCAAGUUCCAACUUACUCUUGUCUCCGGAAGGUACUUUCCUACUUGAACCAGACAGUGCCGGGGUCAGAUGCUGAACAUCGGGCCCAGAAACUCCUGAGUCGGUUUUUGGCGGAGGAAACAGCAGAGAAAGAGAUGUUCAAAGGCUACCGUAGAAGAGUUAGAUUCUAUAUUGGAGAAGAACACGACCAAACCAUCGAACAAGUUGAUGAAAAGCUCCUGUCCUACCCAUCACGCUUCAUUGCAGAGCAGCUAACUUUUAUGGAUGCUGAUCUUUUUCGGAAACUUGUGCCCAGCCAAUGUUUAGGGUCCAUCUGGUCUCAACGAGGGAAGGAAGCAAAACAGCAUCUGGUAUCAACCGUCCAGGCCACCAUUACACAGUUCAAUAAUGUUACAAAAUGUGUCACCAGCACCAUAUUAAGACCUCAACAGCUGAAACCACGGCACACGGCUAAAAUCAUUGAGAAAUGGGUUGAUGUUGCCCAGGAAUGUAGGACUUUGCAGAAUUUCUCGUCAGUGCAUGCAAUUACCACGGCAUUGCAAUCGAAUAGUGUGUUCAAUUUGAAGAAGACUUGGGCAGCCGUGUCAAAGAGCAGUAAGAUAACAUUUGAAGACCUUUCAAACAAUGAAGAAGAUAACUUUAUUGCAAGUAGAGAGCUGCUGAUGGAGGAUAUCGUUCAGGGAAUUGUGCCGUACCUGGGAACUUUCUUGACAGAAUUUUCAGCGCUGGAUUCGGCUUUCCCGAAUUACCAUUCAAAUGGCUUGAUCAACUUUGACAAGAGACAAAAACUCCUCUGAACUCGAGAAACCGCCAAAGCCCAAAAAGAGUGUGUUUAAACGCCUCAGCUGCCUGUUUUCAAGGAGUGGUGUUAAAGUACACAGCGCUCCAACUAAAAGCUCUGAGCAGCGAGCAACCCUUCAGAAUGAGGAUUCGGACGACAGCAUUACCGCAGCCAGCAUUUUAUCCGAUUCCAGCCACUUGGAAAUGG